AUGCCGUCCCUGCAGCUGUCCCUGCUGCGUGUCCUGGUGCUGCCGUCCCUGCUGCUGUCCCUUCUGCAUGUGACUUGUGCUGCUGUCCUGCCGUCCCUGCUGAGUGUCCCUGUGCUGCUGUCCCUGACGUUAACCGUGGAGAUCACUGAGGCCUUCGGCUCCCUCACUAGCAAGAUGGGGGCCACAGAGAUAAUCAGCAUAAGAUCUCCCUUCGCCCGUGCCAGCCUCAAGAGUGGGAAGACGGAGAGCUCAUCAUACUUCCGGAGGAAGGAGAAGCUGUUCCGGUUCUUCAUCCAGCGUGUGGUGAAGGCUCAGAGCUUCUACUGGGCGGUGCUGUGUGUGGUGGCCCUGAACACGCUGUGUGUGGCCAUGGUGCACUACAACCAGCCACAGCGUCUCACCACGGCACUGUACUUUGCGGAGUUUGUUUUCCUGGGUCUCUUCCUCACAGAGAUGUCCCUGAAGAUGUACGGCCUGGGACCCAGAAGCUACUUCCGGUCCUCCUUCAACUGCUUUGACUUUGGGGUGAUUGUGGGCAGCAUCUUUGAGGUGGUCUGGGCGGCCAUCAAGCCAGGAGCCUCCUUCGGCAUCAGCGUGCUGCGGGCGCUGCACCUGCUGCGGAUCUUCAAAGUCACCAAGUACUGGAGCUCGCUGCGCAACCUGGUGGUGUCCCUGCUCAACUCCAUGAAGUCCAUCGUCAGCCUCCUCUUCUUACUCUUCCUGUUCAUCGUGGUCUUCGCUCUGCUGGGGAUGCAGCUAUUUGGGGGACAGUUCAACUUUCAAGAUGAGACUCCAACAACCAACUUUGACACGUUCCCUGCAGCCAUCCUCACUGUCUUCCAGAUCCUGACUGGAGAGGACUGGAAUGCAGUGAUGUUUGAAUCGCAAGGUGAGGUCAGCAAAGGCAUGUUCUCGUCCUUUUACUUCAUCGUCCUGACACUGUUUGGAAACUACACUCUGCUGAAUGUCUUCCUGGCCAUUGCUGUGGACAACCUUACCAAUGCCCAGGAGCUGACCAAGGAUGAAGAGGAGAUGGAAGAAGCAGCCAACCACAAGCUUGCUCUUCAAAAGGCCAAAGAAGUGGCCGAAGUCAGCCCCAUGUCUGCUGCAAACAUCUCCAUUGCCGAAUAAGGCUCUCAGGACAGGCAGCAGAACUCGGCCAAGGCACACUCGUUGUGGGAGCAGCGGGCCAGCCAGCUGAGGCUGCAGAACCUGAGAGCCAGCUGCGAGGCGCUGUACAGCGAGCUGGACCCCGAGGAGCGGCUGCGCUUCGCCACCACUCGUCACUUGCGGCCCCACAUGAAGACACACCUGGACCGGCCACUGGUUGUGGAGCCGGGCCGGGAUGGCCCGCGGGCACCCCCAGGGGGCAAGGCCCGACCCGAGGCCACCGAGGGCGCCGACACGCAGCGCAGGCACCACCGGCACUGAGACAGGGACAAGGCCCUGUGGCGGCCUCCGGGGGCAGGGGAACCGGACAGAGUGGACGCCCCGAGGGCGGACAGCGGGGAGCCCAGUGCCAGUGAGGAGCGGGUGCGGCCCGACCGCAGCCACAGCAAGGAAGCCGCAGGCCCUCCGAAGGCGCGGGGCGAGCGUGGCCGGGGGCCGGGCCCCGAGGGCGGCCAGCGCCACCACUGGCACGGCUCCCCGGAGGAGGCGGCCGACAGGGAGCCCCGGCGCCACCGCGCGCAUCGGCACGCGUGCAACCAGGGCAAGGAGGGCGCCGCAUCCACGGCCAAAGGCGAGCGGCGCUUGCGACACCGGGGUGGCCCCCGGGAAGCGGACAGUGGGGAGGAGCCAGCGAGGCGGCACCGGGGGCGGCACAAGUCGCUUCCCGUGCAGGACGCUGCCACGAAGGAGGCCGCUGAGAAGGAAGCCGAGGUCGCCGAAGUGGACAAGGAGAAGGAGCUCCGGAACCACCAGCCCAAGGAGCUGCACUGUGACCUGGAGGCCAGUGGGACAAUGGGUGUGGGCCCUGUGCACACACUGCCUAGCACCUGUCUCCAGAAGGUGGAGGAGCAACCAGAGGACGCAGAUAAUCAACGAAAUGUCACUCGGAUGGGCAGUCACCCCUCAGACCCAAGCACCACUGUACACAUCCCAGUGACUCUGACGGGCCCUCCUGGGAAGACAACCGUGGUUCCAGGUGGUAACGUGGACCCGGAGAGCCAAGUGGAGGGGAAGAAGGAGGUGGAAGCCAAUGACGUGAUGAGGAGCGGCCCCCGACCCAUUGUGCCAUAUAGCUCCAUGUUCUGCUUAAGCCCCACCAACCUGCUGCGGUGCCUCUGCCACUACAUAGUGACCAUGCGCUACUUCGAGAUGGUCAUCCUCGUGGUCAUUGCCCUGAGUAGCAUUGCUCUGGCUGCAGAGGACCCUGUGCGGACAGACUCUCCCAGGAACAAUGCUCUGAAGUACAUGGACUACAUCUUCACAGGUGUCUUCACCUUUGAGAUGGUGAUAAAGAUGAUUGACUUGGGACUGCUCCUUCACCCUGGAGCCUACUUCCGGGACCUGUGGAACAUUCUGGACUUCAUUGUGGUCAGUGGGGCCCUGGUGGUGUUUGCCUUCUCAGGAUCCAAAGGGAAAGACAUCAACACCAUCAAGUCCCUAAGAGUUCUGCGCGUCUUACGGCCCCUCAAGACCAUCAAACGGCUCCCCAAGCUCAAGGGUCAUGACUGUGGUGUCCUGAAGCUGCCACACUCACAGGGAGAGGACAGUGAUAACCCUGAACCUGGCAGAAUCUGCAAGCAAUGCCUGUAUGCCAUAUUUAGGACCAAAGGCUAUCUGGAGAGGCUGUUCAUCACAGGGUAG